AUGGCCAAAGUGUUUGUCGGGUUAGGUUACUCAAUUGGUGGUAGACUAGACUACUUUUCUAUCUCUUCAAUGUACCCUCGGGUGAUGGAGCGAGACGCGCAAAGGCAAUGA